CCCACCCCUCCCUCACCCCUCUAAGCCGGGGCGAACCCCCCCCUUCCCCCCCGCUCCUUCCCGGUGCCGCCGCCAUGCAGCCACCACCGGGAACUCCCCGGGUUUAAGGAUUUCGGUGUUGGAGUCCCCGUGAGCAGCGCCGCAGGAACAGCGCCAGCCGUGAGGACAGCCCGGCAGCAGGGCACCCACGGGCCCCAUGCCCUGCUCGCCCCUGGCACCCCGCACCUGAGAGCCCCCCGCAGCGGAGAGCUCGCCAUGGCCAGCAACAGCAGCUCCUGCCCCACGCCGGGUGGGGGGCACCUCAAUGGCUACCCUGUGCCCCCCUACGCCUUCUUCUUCCCACACAUGCUGGGGGGGCUCUCGCCGCCCAGCACCCUGGCUGGCAUCCAGCACCAGCUUCCCGUCAGUGGAUACAGCACCCCAUCACCUGCCACCGUGGAGACGCAGAGCACCAGCUCGGAGGAGAUCGUGCCCAGCCCCCCCUCGCCCCCACCCCUGCCCCGCAUCUACAAGCCCUGCUUCGUGUGCCAGGACAAGUCCUCGGGGUACCACUAUGGGGUCAGCGCCUGCGAGGGCUGCAAGGGCUUCUUCCGCCGCAGCAUUCAGAAGAACAUGGUGUACACGUGCCACCGGGACAAGAACUGCAUCAUCAACAAGGUGACACGCAACCGCUGCCAGUACUGCCGGCUCCAGAAGUGCUUCGAAGUCGGAAUGUCCAAGGAGUCCGUCCGCAAUGACCGGAACAAGAAGAAGAAGGACGUGCCCAAGCCGGAGUGCUCGGAGAGCUACAUCAUCACACCUGAGGUGGAGGAGCUCAUCGAGAAGGUGCGCAAAGCCCACCAGGAGACCUUCCCCGCGCUCUGCCAGCUCGGCAAAUACACUACGAACAACAGCUCGGACCAGCGCGUGUCCCUGGACAUCGACCUGUGGGACAAGUUCAGCGAGUUGUCCACCAAGUGCAUCAUCAAGACGGUGGAGUUUGCCAAGCAGCUCCCCGGCUUCACCACGCUCACCAUCGCCGACCAGAUCACCCUCCUCAAAGCCGCCUGCCUCGACAUCCUGAUCCUGCGGAUCUGCACGCGCUACACGCCGGAGCAGGACACCAUGACCUUCUCGGACGGGCUGACGCUGAACCGCACGCAGAUGCACAACGCGGGGUUCGGGCCCCUCACCGACCUGGUCUUCGCCUUUGCCAACCAGCUGCUGCCGCUGGAGAUGGACGACGCCGAGACGGGGCUGCUCAGUGCCAUCUGCCUCAUCUGCGGAGACCGCCAGGACCUGGAGCAGCCUGACAAGGUGGACAAGCUGCAGGAGCCACUGCUGGAGGCCCUGAAGAUCUACGUGAGGAAGAGGAGGCCCAACAAGCCCCACAUGUUCCCCAAGAUGCUCAUGAAGAUCACAGACCUGCGCAGCAUCAGCGCCAAGGGCGCCGAGCGGGUGAUCACGCUGAAGAUGGAGAUCCCGGGCUCGAUGCCGCCGCUCAUCCAGGAGAUGCUGGAGAACUCGGAGGGCAUGGACACGAUGGGGGGGCAGGCGGGCGGCCCCCGCGGGGGCAGUCUGGGGCCCCCCCCGGGCAGCUGCAGCCCCAGCCUUUCUCCCAGCUCCAACCGCAGCAGCCCGGCCACGCACUCGCCGUGACCCGCGCCCGGCGCGCACCAGGACAGAGCCCGGCACCGGGGGGAG